GGGAACCCUGCAUUUUGUUGUUAUCAGCUAGUGGAACAUGCGUAUAAUAAUAACAUCAUACUAAAAUGUUGAUGCAGCUCGACGUAUUGCACAUCAUGUAGAUAGAGUACAAAUUAUAGAAUCCGGAAGGCACGCCUACCUUAAUAGGAUGUAGGAUGGAUGGCAGAACAUCAAACGUCUUCAGUGCUUGUAAUAUAGCUGCAUAUUGAUAUCACUUGGUUGAACAAAAAAAAAAAAAAAAACAUUUUAAAAAUGUCAGUUGAAUUUAACAAUCUUAUGGUUAGUGAUAGUGCUAAUAAAUUGGAAGUUGCCGAACUGUCAGAAUUGAUUGAAGAUCGUUUAUAUUUCAUGGUGUUAUCUAAUCAUAAGGGACCAACAACGCUUCAAACUUUCAGAGACUGGAAAAUUUCAUUGAAAGACAAUGAUGUAUUUUAUUUGAAUGUUGAUGACAAUUUGGUAUAUGACGGUUUUUAUAGUGACUUUGGCCCUUUAAAUAUAGCAAUGAUAUAUCGUUAUAUUGGUAUAGUACGAGACAAGUUUAAAGUUUACAAGAAAAUUAUUCACUGUGCCCAUAUUGGUGAUCAAAAGAAAAGGUCCAAUGCUGCUUUUCUUAUUUGUGCAUAUUUGGUAAUUGAAAAUAAUUGGACAGCAUAUCAAACAUAUAAUUUAUUAUCACAACAAUAUAAAUAUAAAUAUUUACCAUUCAGGGACGCAUCAUGCUUGCUGCAAUCAGAAUAUUCAGUUUCAGUGGAAGAAUGCGUUAAUGCUUUGUACAAAGCUAAAUGGUAUGGAUUUUUUGAUAUUAGUGACUUUGAUUUGGAUGAAUAUGAAAAAUAUGAGACUGUGAAAUAUGGUGAUAUUAAUUGGAUUGUACCUGCUACCUUGUUGGCAUUUUCAUCGCCACAUUCUCGAGAUUAUAUUGACAAAUCUGGCUAUCAGAUACAUUCCCCAGCUUACUAUUAUACCUAUUUUAAAGAAAAUAAUGUCAAGCACGUAGUUAGAUUAAACAGCAAAAAGACAUAUGAUGCUAAACGUACCUUUGUAGCAGUAGCUAAUAUUCAACACACGGAUUUGGUUUUUACUGAUGGUACACCCCCUUCAGAUUCUAUACUCAAUUUUUUGCGUCUCUGUGAGCAGUAUAUUGAUGAUAAUUGUGAUGUUGAACGCACAAAUAAUGAAAAAAGUGAAUCGAAUGAAACCUUUCCAAAUACAACUAUAAAUAGUGAAGUUGAUACAGCUAAAUAUGUAGGUGCUGUGGCUGUACACUGCAAAGCUGGAUUGGGAAGAACUGGUUGUUUAGUGGCUUCAUACAUUGUGAAGCAUUGGUCAUUUACAGCAGUUGAAGCUAUUGCAUGGACUCGUAUAUGUCGACCUGGAUCAGUAAUUGGUGUGCAACAACAAUGGCUAAUUGAUAAAGAAGAAUAUCUAACAACACUAGGUAAACAAUGGCGAGAAAAAAGAAAAAAUGCUGUCAACAAAUAUAAACGCUUCAUAAAUGGAAUAUAUAGUGCUAAACGGCGUACUUCCAAUGCUAAUGCAUAUGAGUAUGUAGAUCCACCUCCUCAUUUACACAUUAGUAAUGAAGCACAAUUCACCAGCAGCAGCAGUAGUAGUGGUAAUAGUGAAAUAUGUGAAGAAUCUGAAGAGUACAAACAAAGCCGAUUAUCUUCUGUCUUAAAAAAUAAAUUGAAGACAAACAAUCAUACACUUCCCGAUGUUCAAAAUGAUGUAUAUGUACCAAACCUAAGACAAAAGAGAUCUGCCUCAAAAAUCGAGGACCCUAAGCCUAAAAGUACAUUUUCAGCAUUGAAAAAUAUUCGUAGAGUUACAAAUGCAUCCAUUGGAAUAAGUAUGAACAGUUUAGUGAAAAAGAAUAAUACUACACCAACUAUUAACAUCACAAGAAGCAGUUUAAAGGCUUCUAUAAAAAACACUAAACCAAUAAGUGUAUGCAAAACUAGCACCAAAUCCACAAGAACUCAUACAUCAGAAACUGCCACUAAAAUAACAGAAGAAACAAAAUCAUCAUAUGCAUUAGCUACAGUGGCAUCAUCUGCACGUGUAUCAAAGCGUCUUCGUAAUCAAAAUUGCAUCACUAAAUAAAAUUAUGAACACAUUCAUAAUUUUUAGUGCAUACAAUUAAAGAAGAAUGAUUAUCCUUUUAUAGAUAGAAGCAUCACAUACAUUAGAGAUUUAGUUCCUUAGAACAAUUAAAUUGAUUGGAUUGAUUUUCAAGGCUUGGUCUUUAAAAUGUUGGAAAAUGUCAUCUUGAGUUCGAUAUUGAUUUACAGUGGUUAGCGCUUAUUCAAAUUAGAUAUAAAUGAAUAGUAUUAUUUUAGUACUAAAAACUUAACAUGAAUUAAGCUUGUACUUUUAUUGACUGAUCGGAAUUUGUGGAAAACGCCCCCCAGACAAUUUAAAAUUAAAUAAAAAAUACUUAUGAUUUGGUUUUUAUAACAAUUGUUCAUCAAAACUUGAAAAUACAUCAUUUUUAAGGGGUAAUAUGCAUUCUAUAUUUUUAUUUCUACUGUCAUGUUCAUAGCUUAUACUAGGAUGAGUAGUUCAUUAUUAAUAUGUUUGGGUGGUUUUCAUUUGUGUUAGUUCCACUUAAUGUGAUCACUGGUUUAAAGAAACAACCGUUUAUUGGAAUCAAAAAUGAAAAUCCCUAACCAAAUCUUAUGUUACUAACGUUAAAUUAACCUUUUUUAAAAUCUCCAAGUACUGGAUAAUUGAAUCACUUUUAUAAACAUAAUCGUUUUUGUGAUAUUUAAAACUGAUUAUAGUUGAUGUAUUAUUGCGGGGUGGCUAACUUGUGGCUUGCGAGCCCCAUACAGCUCUCAUUAUAGUCAGAUGUAGCUCAUGUCUUAUUCAUAAAAUCAAAAUUUACUUAUUAUUUUUUUGAAUUAAAAUUUUUUUAUAAACAUUUGUGAAAUUAAUUAAUUAAUUAAUUUAUCAAAUUAUAUAAAAUAUAUUUAUAACAUUUUAGCUCUUGGCAUCAUUGUAUAUGUCCACAUGACUUGUGAGCACAUUCAUGUUGACCACCCCUGUAUUAAAGUAUUUUGUACUAUGUACAAUGUACAUUCAUUAUUAUAUAUUUAAUUUUAAAUGAUUAAAAAUGACAUGUACAUCAAUUAAAUAUGGGUUUUAAUUUCAGGCUAAUAUGAAAUGAAAUUAGUAGAUUUUCAAGCAAUAUCGAAAAUAGAUAGUUUCUUAACUUUAUUUUAAAUGCAAUUAUUUUAUUAUUUUAAAUAUGUUUAAAUAUAAAAUCAUAAAAAAUAAUAAUGUUUUAUGGAAUCAACUGGUAAAUAGAAUCAAAAUGAGCUAAACUAAUGAGAUCACAUUAAGUAGAACUUGCUGUAUAUCAUUUAGGCGAGAAUAAUAUGGAUACCUACUUAAUGGUAUUGCUACUUAUUACUUGGCUGAAUCUUAUAUUGAAUACCUAACACGUCUAACAUUUUUUUAUAAAGUGAAUUAGCACUCUUUGUUUGUUUUAACUGGCAUGAUUAAAAAUGUUUUAAAAUGUUUUUUAUAAGUAUUGAUAAAAUAUGCCAGUAGUUCUCAAUUGGAGUGAAAUGUCACCUAAGGGUGAUAAGGACCCAGCUAAGGGGUGACGAUGAAAUCUACGAGAAAAGAAAAAAAAUAAAUUAAAAAUAAAUACAUUUUUGCGAGAAAAAAAUCAUAUUAUUAUAAUAUUCAUAUUAAUAUCUACAUUUUGAAUGUUUUUUUCUGUGUACUGUAUUUCUUUUUUUUUUUUUUAUAAUAGAAUAAUUUUAAAUAUAAAGCUAAGAUUGUUUAUUAUUUUAAUGUUAAGGUGGAGCAGUGUUUGAUUUUAGUGGUUAAAGGUGACAUGAAUCAAAAAAUGUUGAGAACUACUGUAAUAUGCUAUUCUUUAUUGAAAAUAUAUUAAGAAACUUGAAAUAUUGUAAAAAGCUAAUCUACAAGCACAAAUCAUAUUUUUAACUUUAAGUUUUAUACUAUUUUGUUAAAAGUUUGGUCAAUUUACUUUAUCAUAAAAGUUAACAACAUACAAUUGCUUCUGUUGAAUUAAAAUUUGCUAUUAUGUAAGUUAGUCAAAAGCAAGAAAAACAAAUAGUGUGCUAUAUCCUCCAAUAAGAAUUUGUUUGAUAAAUAUGUUUAUUUUUUUGCAAAUUAUGUAUACUUUAUUUCAGUAAAUUUUAGGAUAUUCAAUCAAAUUAAUUAUAUCUAUGUACCCUACUAAAUAACUAUCCAAAUUUUACAAAAUAUGCCUGUGUAUUUUUAUGUAAAUGUCAUUAUAAAUUUUAUUAUAGAUAAUAAUAAUAUAUUCUUAAUAAAUGUAUAAACAUGAAAUAGAUAUAUGCCUGACAAAAAUGUAUGUUAUGUUAUACUCAUGGUUUUAUUUUAAAAAUGAAAUUGUUUUAAAUUACGAAUAAGCUAAUUUUUAUAUUUGUUGAAGCACUAAUUUAUACAUUUUUAAAAUCAAACCACAAGAAGUACAAGUAAUUAUCUUUACAAUGAUUAACAAUUAAAUUAAUAGUUAGUCAGGUUUACUGAGGCCUUUAUAAAAUACUUAAUGUUUUGUGUUAAAUGAUAAUGUUUUAUUAUAUUAGAAGUAUUAGACUAUCUAUGUGGGUACAUGCCAAUUUAUCAAUAUGUGAUUGGUUAGAAUAUAUCUUUUAUCUAUUCAACAUUUUGAAGAGUUUAACCAAACAAUUUUAUAUAAUUUAAAUACAAAUAAAUCAGGAGGUUUUUUAGCGGUUAGAUAGUGUUUUGAAGUUUUACAUCUAGUUUCACACAAUGAAUAGUGCUAUAUAACAUGUGCUAUUAAUCAAACAUUUACUUUGAGUUUAAUAUUUAACUCAUGUCUUUUUUUUCCUAAAUUAUUAUAAGCUGAUCAUUGUUUUUUGAUUUUAGAUUCUAGGCAAAGUUUAGCUUUGUAUUGUAAUACAUUUUAGGUAUUCUAAUGUUAAUAUUAUUAUAUUUAUUUUAUUUAUAUUAAUAUUAUAUGUUUGUAAAUUAUCGCCAAAAAAUUGAGAAACAAUUUUUAUAUCGUAUAAUAAAAUCAUGUGUAUUAUAUUUUAAUUUAAUUAAUAUCUGUGUUACACGUACUUAUACUAAUCCCCUAAAUUAAUAAUAACAAUAAUACUAUUUCAGAAUGAAAAUUUGAUUUCUAUUCUCAUCAUAUUUAUUUUAAUUAACAGAUUUUGUUAUUGUAGAUAUUUAAUAAUAAUACAGUUUUUAAACUAUAUAUUAUUGUUUAAAUUUUUUUUUUAGUAAAGAUUUGAUCUUUAGACCUUAUUAUAUAUAUAAAUAUGUUACUAUUAAUUAAGUGAAUAUUAUAUUGUACAGUUCACAUAGGCCUUGGGCACCCUAGGCAAUCUCAGCACUAUAAGAAUGUAAGUUAUGUACCACUAGAUUAUUUUGUACUUUAUGGUAUUAUAUUGUACUUUUUUGUUUUAAUACCAAACUUACUGAUACAUUAAUAUUUAUGAAAUAAAUCUUAAUAACAUACCUAUUGACUGUUAAGAUGUAUACAAAUUAUAUUAUGACUGUAAUAAACUAAUUAGUUGAUCAGAUGUUUUAAA